AUGACUACUUCGCUUCCAGCAAGUUCGGGUAGGAAAAAACCUUUUAUAAUACAUAAGCAAGCACGUGAAAUGGCGAGAAAUGUCCUACAGAUGUGUGUUGAAGAGAAAAAAGAGAAUAAAUUCGCUUUUCCCGUUAACAAUGCUUUAGAUCGAGCGGCCCGUUACACUGGACUUACUAAAAGAACAUUGUCUAGAAUUCAAACAGAAGCAAAAAAUGGACCUCUUCAUUCGCCUUCUAAAAAAGGGAAAUCGUGUAAUAAAAUGGGGAAUUUAAAUGUAGAUGAUUUCGAUAGAAGUGUAAUACACAGAUGUAUAGAAGAAUUUUAUUUGACAAAAAAUAUCGUUCCCACUUGUCCUAAACUUCUGGCGGCAAUCCGGGAAAAAAUAAAUUUUCCCUGGGGGGACUACAAGUUUACGAAAACUUCUAAAGAAAAUGGGCUAUAA